AUGUCCAUUACUGUUCAUGAAGACAUCUGCAGUCAUGUGAAGGUAGUGGUCCAUGUUCGACCAGAGAGUCAAAAAGAGAGAGAUGGCAACUUCAGCAAAGUGCUCCAGGAUGUCAAUCAGCAUAUGCUGGUCUUUAAUCCAAAAGUGGAGGAAGUCAAGUUUUUUCAUGGAAAGAAAUGUCUAUACUGUGAUUUGAACAAAAAAGAAAAUAAGGAUAAGAAAUUUAUGUUUGGUGAAGGUGCAUCACAGUUAGAGGUCUUUGAAGAAACAACCAAAACAGUCCUGGAUGGCUUUAUAAAUGGCCAUAAUUGCACAGUGCUUACAUAUGGUACAACAGGAGCUGGAAAAACUCACACAAUGCUGGGUUCUCCUGAGGAUACUGGGAUGAUGUACCUGACCAUGACGGAACUUUAUGCUUCCAUUGAACAAAUGAAAGAGGAAAACCAUUUUGCCAUUAGUUUCAUAAAUAUAUACAAUGAGCAGAUACAUGACCUACUAGUAAAUUCAGGAACACUGGUCAUUCGAGAAGAUCAUCAGAAAGGUGUACUGGUUCAUGGACUAACUUUGCAUCAGCCCAGAUCUGUACAGGAGAUCUUGCAAAUGUUGGAUUAUGGAAACAAAAGCAGGACACAGUAUCCCACUGAUGUGAAUGCCUCCUUAUCUCAAUCCCAUGCUGUCUUUCAGAUUUAUCUGAGGCAGCAGGAUAAGACAGCAAGUAUUAAUCAAAAUGUUCAUAUUGCUAAAAUGUACCUCAUUCACCUGGCAGGGUUUGAACAUGCCAGUGCCAUAAAGGCCAAAGAAGCUUGCUUCAGAGAAGGGGCAAAUAUUAAUCACUCACUGCUUAAGCUUGGCAAUGUCAUUAAUGCUCUGGCAGAUCCAAAGAGACAGCAUAUUCCUUAUCGGAACAGCAAGUUUACUCGUCUGUUGAAGGAUUCUCUUGGUGGAAACUGUCAUACUAUAAUUAUAGCUGCUGUUAGUCCUUCUUCUCUCUUCUAUGACACAUAUAACACUCUUAAAUAUUCCAGCAGAGCCAAGCAAAUCAAAUCUUCUCUGUUUGUCAGUUUGGACAGCCAUAUAAGUCAAUAUGUGAAGAUCUGUGAGGUACAAAAGGAGAUUGAAAUACUGAAAGAAAAGCUGAGACAAUAUAAGCUCAAUAAAGCAUCUGCUCCCAAUAAUCAUGAGACACACAAGUAUUUACAUUCCUCUCCAGCACAUGCAGAGAUAUCAAGAUUUAGAGAAAUUUUGAAGUAUGUAUUUACAAAUCGAGAGGAAAUCAGGAAUGAGUUUCUCAAAUUGGAAGUGCAACUUAAAGAAAAUGCUCUGGAAACCAAUGAUCAAAAACAUUGCUAUGAACAAAUUGAAAUUCUAAGCUCUCCAGAGAAAUUGGAAAAGGCAACAGGGAAACAUGAUCACAGGAUUGUGUUACUCAAAACCUGUCACUUACGGAGAAGAAAAAAUAUGUAG